CCAAAUUGUCACACAGAUACUAGGGACAGGUGUGUGACUGACGUGACGCGACAUCACAACUAGUGUUUCUUACUCUCUUCUACUACACUGGAGGGAACACUAACCUGUACACUGCUGCUUGUUCUCUGAUCAUCAGGGCAAUGACAUAAUAUUAUCCAUUCUUAUUCUCCUAAUGGAAACACAGGGACAGGACUGACUCCACUGAGGUCACAAGUACAAACUUGAAACUUUGAUGUAUGGUCAAAAACCUGGAUGUGUUUGACAAUCAUCAGUCAAGAUGAACAGUGAGGCAUUGUCACCAGAGCAUCUCAGGCAAACAUGGAUAUGGCACACAGAGAGAACCAAGAGGAGAGAACCACAGAGCCGGUGGAUAAGAUCACAGAGAAACAAUUCCUUAAAGAGCUCUACCUUUUCAUGAAGAAGAGAGAUACACCUAUAGAGCGAAUACCAAAUCUGGGCUUCAAACAAAUUGAUCUAUUUGUGAUGUUCCAGACUGUCCAGGACUUGGGUGGCUACCACCAGGUGACUGCUCAGCAGCUGUGGAAGCAAGUGUACAACAGGCUUGGAGGAAACCCUCGAAGCACAAGUGCUGCAACCUGCACCCGCAGACAUUAUGAGAAGCUACUUCUACCAUACGAAUGCCAUGUGAAAGGUGUAAUGAUGAAUAUCUUGCCUCAUCAUGAGUCAAAGAACUUCCCCUAUGCCAACUACAGCAAAGACAAGGAUGAUGGCCAGAGACCCGCAAAACGCAAACUGUUAUCAAUACCUCUCCACCAGAACCCUCAGAACCUCCAGCCAGAUCCACAAGGGCGGGUCUUCCCUCUGCAUCUCCACUACCCUCACUAUUAUCACCCAAGCCUUGCAAUUCUGCCCCCCCCUGUCCCUAUAUCCUGCCCAGUUUUGACACCACAUAGCCCCCCUGCGCCCCAGUCCCCGUUUUCUUUCCAACCAUAUCGCCUAAACCCAUCAGACAGGGUAAAGGAGCCACUGGAGCAGUUGCGCUACCUGGCAGAGCAGUACAAAACCACAUCUGGAUUGACUGAGCCACUGAACCUUAGUGUUAAAGCAUCAAGACAGGAAACCAACAGCAACCCUGCCUCAUCAUUCACCCCACCUUCACUGAGCAAGAACCCAAAGUUUUUGAAUAAAGCAUCCCCUCUCUACACUCCUCAUGGUCCACAGGUGGUGAGAAAUGAAGGAUGUGAGACACAAGAUGAUGAGGCAGGUUUAGGAGACACACAAUAUUCAUUUCCGGGCAAAGCUAGGGAAGCAUAUGUCGUUGAUGUCAACGCUAUAACAGCCUCAAGCAGCCCCACAUAUGACUCUGCUCUGACACUGAGAACAGAGGAAGGCACCACCACUAUGACACAAAAACCCAGCUCUCCAAAAGCAGACUUUGCAAUCCGGCCAAAAGAAGACAGAAAGGGGAGUCCCGAAGUAAGGGGGUUAACUCUGAGUCAUGUACUGCCCAGCCUCCCUCGGGAGAAUGGAGGCAAGAUGGAAAUUGAGAUACCGCUGUCUGUGUUUCACAGCUGGCUCAGGCUAUAUGGGCCCUCAGCCACGAAGCAUGAUGCACAAGCUAAUCAGCUACCAACUCUUCCUGCCCUUGAAGAAAACUCUGGACAAAGGAAUUAUUCUGACGCAGACAUCCUUCCCACCAACCUGACAUUUCACAUGAAUUCCCAACACCAGAGCUCAGCUGCUGAGGAUCUAAGGCUAAGGAAGAGGAAUUUGCCAAGCCCCACACUAACAACCCAGACCACCCUUAAUAACCACAUUACAAGCCAAAUCCCAUUCACCAGCUACAAGGCCCUGCCUUCAAGUGGCAUUAUAAAAAAUGCAGCUAGCCGGGAUGUCUAUCUGUUUGAUCAGCAGGAUUUUCAUAAGUCAUACAGCACCAAAUCCCCAAACUGCUGGGAUACCUAUGACAAAGAGACCCAGGCUCUCCCCAUCUAUCCAUCUAGUCCCAUCAGAGUUCAGCAAGACUUUGCAGUCUCUAAAUCCUAUAAUGAAGACACCAUCCCAGGUGGGAAGGAGAAGUCAGAGAUGGCUCCCUCGGGUGUGCUGAUGGUGGAUUCCAGCUCCGCUUCUCUGUUGCACCUCACCACUGAAGAGAUUAUGAAGCUGAAGAAAAUCAUCUCAAGCUCAUCAUGAAGAUCAUUUCAGAUGAUUACACUGAUCCUCCAACACCACAUUAAAGCUGACUCAUAUUACAUUACUCUUACACAUAUUGUAUUUUAUUGAAGUUCUCUGUUUAGUAUAAAAAAAUAUAUAUUUGUCAAUGGGUCAUACUAACAAAAUGAUGAUAAUGACCUAAUACAUUCACAUCAGGAGCAGAGCUUGAUUGAAGGAGAAUAUGCACCACUGACCUUUUUUUCUGUACAUAAAAUAUUGUACUUGUACUUGUACUACUGUAUAAUACAUGUAAUUCUAACCUAAUGACAAUGUAAAUCUAAAUACAUUCUAAUAAAUAACAUAGAUGUUUCUUGACUCAUUUUUCA